AUGAGGCAUCAGCAAUGCUGGCGGAUGCUUAAUCACCCGUUGGUGCGGGCCUUUGUUCAGGCUUCUCGAUCGCGCAGGUCGUGUCCUUGGGAGACCAAUUGCAGAGGCCAUGCCACUCUCCCAGGCUCACCGUACCGCCCAGUCGAUAUCCUUGAGGAUGGCAGCGUGAACCGUUUCCGUGAUAUGUGCUUCGAACCGCAACGGCCAGCCCUUCUCCCGCGCGGCCAUUUCCGUGACCUCCCAGCAUUCCAGCGAUGGUUCGUUCGAGAUUCACCAUCCGCAACUCGAUUGAACUACGAAUACCUGCAGCAGUCAGGAGAGACUCUUGUGCCUCUGGAACUUACCAGUGCUGAUGACGGCAGUUUCCAGCGGUUCAACGCUCCAUUGAGCCUUUUUCUGCAAUGGACACAGGCGGCCGAAGCGCAAUCGUCGCGUCUCUAUCUCGCCCAAUGCCAGCUUUCCGACCUCCCUCCGUCUCUCCGGGAUGGUUGUCCAACGCCGGACCUGGUGGCGCAGGCAGGAAGGGGCGAUAUUUACGAUGCGAAUAUUUGGAUGGGGAUGCCUCCCACUUAUACACCGCUCCAUCGGGAUCCGAAUCCAAACCUCUUCGUCCAGUUGGCCGGUGAGAAAGUCGUCAGACUAUUGUCACCAAUGGCGGGGAUGCGCGUGUUUUCCCGUGUGAGGCAGGAAUUAGGCCAGGAUGUAGGCCAUGCAGCAGCUGUCUUUCGAGGCGACGAGAUGAUGCACGGUCCGGAGAGGGUCCUCCUGGAAAAGGUCGUCUGGGGUGAUAAUGAUGGAAAUCACGUAUGCGCCGAAGACUCUAAACAGGACUGCGAAAGUUACGAAGCGCGCCUUGGGGCGGGUGAUGGACUGUUCAUCCCCAACGGCUGGUGGCACAGCAUCAAAGGAAUCGGCGACGGGGUCACAGCAUCGGUAAACUGGUGGUUCCGCUAG